AUGACCCAUUCUGGGAACCUCUAUCAACUAACCAGGUGUUUUUUGGGACGGACAUGGUUUGGAACACGACAACGUCAGGUAGUCAUAGAGAUCUUCAGCUACGGCGUGUUACAGUGUUUGAACUGCAGAGCCUUGGGCUUCUUUGAAGCCACUUGCUCUGCAUGGCGACGCCAGAUCUCUGAGAGUCAACUUUGGCCCAGUUUGUUGCUGAGAGAGCUACCGGUGGAAUUAUCGGAGGACAUGACCUUUGAUGCAGAAGUGAAAACACUUCUUGCUGAACUCUUGGCCUCCAAAUUGGAGCUUUGGAACCUUAGCUGCAGUUUCAUCCCCUGCAUUCCACAGAAGAUGUGCCUAGACGAUAAGUUGCAGCUCUCAAAGUUGGCGCAGAAAGUUCGGCAGGCCAGGGAUCGAGCCUCUAGAAAUGCGAAGCCUGGGGUUCACUUCUACGGAGUGAAGUUGGUUCACAUCUCGUGGCCAGAUGCCGAUGACUUGCUAAGCAAUGCCAUGGAAUUUGACAACGAGGUUGCAGGACCUUGGCCUCUUGGACUCCGUGCAUGCUUGCAAAAGCCGCUGGUUUGUCUGCGUGGCUCCUGUGUCAAAGCCGAUGGACGUUGGUGGGAUGCUCAUGGAAUUAGCGCUGCCCGCAUGGGGCCAGGACUGCUGAGUGCAGCAUUGCAGGAGGCUCGGGGCUUGUGGUGCGUCAUGGCUAUGUCUGACCUCACCCAUGCGCCCUCAUCUGACAAUUACGGGGGCUACAAUUUUCUGAACGGUCUCGGCUUGGAAGCCAUGUAG